CAAGUGCCUACGGUAGCCAAAUGCUUGGGGAGAGAGAGAGUAAGGAGCCAGCUAUGAAUCCCUUCAGGAAAAACGAGUCCAAAGAAACUUUUUUUUUACCUGUUUCCACUGAAGAGGUACCACCUCGACCCCCCAGCCUUCCAAAGAAGCCACCUCCGAAAAUCUGUGGCUCCAACUACCCACUGAGCAUUGCCUUUAUCGUGGUAAAUGAAUUCUGUGAGCGCUUUUCCUACUAUGGCAUGAAAGCUGUCCUGACCCUGUAUUUCCUGUAUUUCCUGCACUGGACCGAAGACACCUCCACAUCUGUAUACCAUGCCUUCAACAGCCUCUGUUAUUUCACUCCCAUCUUGGGAGCAGCCAUUGCUGACUCGUGGCUGGGAAAAUUCAAGACGAUUAUCUAUCUCUCAUUGGUGUAUGUGGUUGGCCAUGUGAUCAAGUCAUUGGGUGCCCUCCCAGUCCUGGGGGGACACAUGGUACACACAGUCUUAUCAUUGGUUGGCCUGAGUCUAAUAGCUUUGGGAACAGGAGGUAUCAAACCCUGCGUGGCAGCUUUUGGUGGGGACCAGUUUGAACAAAAACAUGAAGAGGAACGAGCUAGAUACUUCUCAGUCUUCUACCUCUCCAUCAAUGCAGGGAGCUUGAUUUCUACAUUUAUCACACCCAUGCUGAGAGGAGAUGUGCAGUGUUUUGGGGGAGACUGCUAUGCAUUGGCUUUUGGAGUUCCAGGAUUACUUAUGGUGAUAGCUCUUGUUGUGUUUGCAAUGGGAAGCAAAAUGUACAAAAAAACACCUCCGGAAGGAAACAUAGUGACUCAAGUUGUCAAAUGUAUCUGGUUUGCUGUUUCCAAUCGUUUCAAGAACCGUUCUGGGGACAUUACAAAGCGAGAGCACUGGCUAGACUGGGCAGCUGAAAAAUACCCGAAGCGGCUCAUUAUGGAUGUGAAAGCACUGACCAGAAUACUAUUCCUUUAUAUCCCAUUGCCCAUGUUCUGGGCUCUUUUGGAACAGCAGGGCUCACGAUGGACCUUGCAAGCCACCAGGAUGAAUGGGAAUUUGGGUUUUAUUGUGCUUCAGCCGGAACAGAUGCAGGUAUUAAAUCCCCUUCUGGUUCUUAUCUUCAUCCCGUUGUUUGACCUUGUCAUUUAUCGUCUGGUCUCCAAGUGUGGAAUUAACUUCACAUCGCUUCGGAAAAUGGCUGUUGGUAUGAUCCUCGCAUGCUUGGCAUUUGCAGUUGUGGCAGUUGUAGAGAUAAAAAUUAAUGAAAUGGCCCCACCCCAACCAGGUCACCAAGAGAUUUUCCUCCAAGUCUUAAAUCUGGCAGAUGAUGAGGUGGCGGUGACAAUGCAGGGAGAUGAAAACAAUUCUCUGUUGGCAGAGUCCAUCAAAUCCUUUCAGAAAAUGCCACAUUAUUCUAAACUCCACCUAAAGACAGAAAGCAAGGAUUUCCACUUCCACCUAAAAUAUCACAAUUUGUCUGUCUACACUGAGCAUUCUGUGGAAGAGAAGAACCGGUACAGUCUGCUCAUUCGAGAAGAUGGGAAAAGCAUUUCCAGCAUGAUGGUGAAGGAUACAGAAAACGUAACAACCAAUGGGAUGACAGCUGUGAGGUUUGUUAACACUUUGAGUAAAGAGGUCAAUAUCUCCCUGGGUACAAAUCUCCCCCUCAGUGUUGGUGAAGACUAUGGUGUGUCUGCUUACAGAACUGUGCAAACAGGAGAAUACCCUGCAGUGCAGUGUAAAACAGAAGAUGAUGACUUUUCACUGAAUUUGGGUCUACUAGACUUCGGUGCAGCUUAUCUAUUUGUCAUUACUAAUAGCACCAAUCAAGGUCCUCAGGCCUGGAAGACAGAAGACAUUCCAGCCACCAAAAUAUCCAUCGCAUGGCAACUACCACAAUAUGUCCUGGUUACAGCUGCGGAGGUCAUGUUCUCUGUCACAGGACUUGAGUUUUCUUAUUCUCAGGCUCCCUCUAGCAUGAAAUCGGUACUCCAGGCAGCCUGGUUAUUGACAAUUGGAGUUGGGAAUUUCAUUGUGCUUGCUGUGGCACAGUUCAGUGGCCUUGUACAGUGGGCCGAAUUCAUUUUGUUUUCCUGCCUCCUGCUGGUGGUCUGCCUGGUCUUCUCCAUCAUGGCCUACUACUAUGUUCCUGUAAAGCCAGAGAAUAUUCAGGAGCUGGCAGAUAAGCAGAUUCCCUAUAUGCAAAGGAAUAUGAUCAACCUGAAGACCAAGAACACAAAGCUCUAAUGGCUACCAGGACGCCCCCCAGACCCAAAUUCCUGGCUCUGGGUUUGGCCAUCACUGAACUUCAAGCAUUUUUCCUCCUAUUUGGUUAGGGGAGAGGUAGCAUCAUAUCUGAGCUGAUAUCCUCCAUUUUUCUCCCAUGAUAGAGGCAGUUCUGGGCUUUCCAGUAUACUGAAGAGCAAGGUCCUUAAGACUCUACGUCUUCCCAUCUAUUAGUGAACUCAGUAAACCUUGUGUAGUGUUGCAGAAACUGGCCUGGUAUCUCCAAAUGGCCAUGAAAAAAAACACAAGUGUGUAACCGAGGUUAGUUUCUGUGGGUAUGCAAAGUUAUAUGGGCAUUCCUUUACCUGCUAUUUAGAACUGAUGGCCCCGCUUUUUGAGAUGCUGAUUUAGAGGCAAAAUUGCAUAAUAACGGAGAAACGGUAUUUUAACUUUCUUCAUAAGCAAUGUGAUUGUAUUAUUCACAAGGCCCUCAAGAAUCAGUACGUCUGGUGUGAUCUGGUCCAGCGGCUGGCUUAUCAGCUAUCCAAGUUUGAUAAAACCUUAGUAAAAUUGUCAGUACAGAUGGUAGGAGCCAGAAUGAUAUUUUAUUAACACACAGGAGAGGAUAUAACUUUCUGAUAAUUACAGUAUUUUAUUUACUAACCCAAACACGCCUUUAUCGGUACUGAUAGAUCUCUGGAAAUUAAAGAUAGUCAACAUUGGUAAACAUGGUUCUGGAAAACAGGAAGAGGUAUAAAUUAUAGAAAUCCUGAUGAGCCAUUCUUCUACAGUGCACAGUCUUCUUAGCGACUGCAGUAUUUCAGCCCUGGCUUAUGCCCUCCUGUGGGCAGUUGUAUAGACACUAAUCAUAAUUUUUAAAUCCUGUCUUUUCAACGUUGUUUGGCCCGCUUUUUCUCAUCAUUGCAUCAUGUCUUGCUUACUGCAAAAAAAUAUUUAAUAACAGCAAUAUUUUUAUGAAUCCAUCUACUUUUUUAAAUUUUUACUCCCUUCAAAGAAGUGGCUCCAUUUUUAUCAUUAUUCUUGUCUUACGUUCCCCCAAUUUUUUAAAUGUCAUUUCUUCAUUUAGACCUUGGAAUGUCUUGUUUAUUAAAAAAGUUAUAUUAAUACUCUAGAUUUGAGCUUCUAAAAUGGCGAUGCCCAACGGAGGGGCAUGGUUCCAUAUGCGGAUCCUAUCAAAAUCCGUUGGUGAGGAGACAGUUGUAGAAUAUGAGGUAUUUUUAAUUUGUUUGUUUGUUUGUUAAUGAUAAGGUUAAAAUCAUUACAUCACACACAAUAAAUGAAUCUGUGAACAGACUUGGGAACAUCAUUACUCUAUAGUGUAUUGCUAGGGAAAUAAGUUCAGAACCACUGUACUAGAAAGCCUCAUUAUCAUUGGUUUUGCUCUAUUAUUUUCAUCUAGAACUGUGUUGAGUCUCACAUUGUAAACAUAACAAGUAAGAGAAGUUGCUCCAGUUUCCCAAACAUUAUAUACUUUAGUUUUAGUGACCAAGGUCUCAGAACUACUGAAGUGACAGCAGCACCGUCCAGUUUCCCCAGAUAUCUUGAUGUGAACCUGACCCUACACCUUCAGAAGAUAUUCUGUUCAUUGUUUGAGCAGCUUUAACUCAAUCUGUUCUAUAUAUAUUGUUUCAAGAAAUGUUAACAGUGCUCUAUGAAUAAAAGUUUCCACAGAUAAACAAA